AUGGAUCCUGAUUUUGUUAAGAAGCUUGAUGAAUGUAUUUGUAUCUUGGAGCCCAUUGAGAUGUAUAUUAAAUUGUUUCAAGGUGAUGCAGUCCCGUGCUCUGAUGUAUACAAAGCCUUUCUGGUCUUGGAAGAAAAGAUGCGCAACAUGAGUAAUAUUAGUUCGGAGAAGAAAGAAUACCUCGCUAAGCUGGUGCGUAACAGGUUCAACUUCAUGUACGGGGAUGCACAUGGUGUAUGCUACCUGUUAGACCCUCGUUACUUGGGCGAUGAUAUGACACGGAGAUUGCGCAAUGAGAUAGAAGAUUUCAUCUACAACGUUCUAAAGAAUGACGGGACAACCAACAAGGAACGACAGGAGCAACUGGCCCGGGAAUAUACAGCUUUCCGAAUUGAGGCACUGAGAGAACGACGGGAGAACACGUUCCGCUUCAGACUCAUUGGCCAAUCUAAAUCAGUUCUUCAGUGGUGGAAGGCUGAUGGCACUGAUUGGCCAUUAUUGCUAUCACAUAUCGAAAACUUAUAA